GCUCUAGUUGGGGUCCUUGGUCAAUUCUCCAUUCUUCUUAGGGUCAAGUUUUAUGAAUUUCUGAAAUAUUUUUAGUGAAGUUUAUUCCUAACUGGUCCUCCCUGGUUGUAUAAGGUUCUAUAAAAUACUGAGUGUGUUUGAGUUAAGCGGCUUGUUCCUACAGAGCACAUUAGUAACAGGAGCCCUCUCUCAUCCAGUAUUUUGGCUGUGUGAGUGACAUGGUCACAGCUGGCUACCCUGUGAAGCCCUGCCUCCUGGAUCAGAUGCAGCCUCCUGGCGGAUUACAGACUGCGCGCAGCUACAGAUAAAAAAAAAAAGCUUCUCUCUUUGAAUGAGGAAAACCUCGAGCCUGCUUUUCUGCUUGCUGUCACAUGGGUCCAAAGAGGAAAAAAAACGCGCUUCCUGAAAUGACUGUCGUCAUUGUCUGUGUGAUUAGUGCUUUCUCUACAGCGGGAUCUCGCUGUGUUCAGCUUUAGUCCGGCUCUGUUGGCCGCCAGCGUCGGUGCCGAUGAUGAUCAGCAAGGUGAAAAACGCCAUGUCCAACCUGGUGGGAGGGAUGGUGCCGCACGGACACCAUCACCACCACAACCACCACGCGGGAGGCGCUCAGACCUGCGGACCCGACGGCUUACCGCCGCGCUUCCCCUACGGCCGGCCGGAGUUCCUGGACCUCACCCCGGAGCUGCUCCAGUACUCCACCGAGCACGCAUCCCGGCCGGUGCUGACGCUCAAGAGAGGCAGCAGGCUUCCCUGGAAGACUGGAUACGCAGAGAUGGCACAGGAAUCCCUCUCCACUUCUGGGGGGUGUUUGAUGGCCACGCAGGUUCUGGCGCCGCCAUCAUGGCCUCCAAGCUUCUUCACCACCUCAUCAAAGACCGGCUCGGAGAAAUCUGUCAUCUCCUGGAGAACCCCAGCGGCGCGCCUCCGAUCUGCUUGGCCAAGAACGGCAACCCGUUUCAGGCGGAGUCAAAGAAAGGAGCGUCUCAGGAACCGGAAGAUCCCGACGCCGUCUGCGACUCCUCGGUCCGCUUUUACAUGGAGAAAGUUGUCAGCUUAGAAAGCCUGAUUAUGGGAGUCAUAGAGACCGCCUUUAAACAAAUGGAUGACCUCAUUGAGAAGGAAAAAGCUUCUUAUGCCAUUUCCGGUGGCUGUUGUGCCUUAGCUGCCAUUCAUUUGAUGGGGAAACUGUAUGUGGCUAAUGCCGGUGACAGCAGAGCCAUAAUCAUUCGGAACAAAGAAGUAAUUCCCAUGACUAAUGAAUUCACACCAGAGUCGGAGAGACAGCGAUUGCAAUAUUUGGGAUUCCUAAGGCCAGAACUCUUGGGAAAUGAGUUCACUCACAUUGAGUUCCCUCGCAGGAUCCAGCACAGCGAGCUGGGGAAAAAGAUGCUGUACAGAGACCACACCAUGACGGGCUGGGCUUAUAAAACAAUCAUAGAAGAUGAUCUGAAAUUCCCACUCAUAUAUGGAGAAGGUAAAAAGGCUCGCGUGAUGGCAACAAUCGGAGUGACCCGUGGGCUGGGUGACCACGACCUGAAGGUGUACAACUCCAACAUUUACAUCAAGCCGUUCCUGUCAUGUGUGCCUGAGGUAAAGGUUUACAACUUGGAGGAGAAUAAACAUGGUCCGGAUGACGUCCUGGUGAUGGGCACAGAUGGUUUGUGGGACGUGACGACAGACAUGGAUGUAGCUGAUGCUGUGUCCACAUACUUGGCAUGCUGUGACCCCUCUGAUCCCAUGAGAUACACACUGGCAGCGCAGGAUCUGCUGAUGAGGUCACGCGGCGUGCUGAAGGAGCGAGGCUGGCGGCUCGCCAACGAUAAACUGGGCUCUGGAGAUGACAUCACUGUGUUUGUCAUCCCGCUGGUGGGGCACGAAACAGACACUUGAUGAAGCCGGUUGGAAUGGCUGCUAAGACCGGACUCUGUUGGGACAACAAAAAAAAAGGGUGUUGGGAGAGGACACUUUUUACAUCAAAUUCAGUUCCUUCAUACGGCUAUUCUCCUUUGGUUGGUGACAUUUUUUUUGUGACCCGAGGAAUCAUUGCAACAGAAAGAAUGCUGCUUAAUCUUGAAUGUUAGUCAUUUUCAUGCCACACAAAAAAAUUGUUGUUUUUUUUUUUUUUUUUUUUUUUUGAGACAUAAAAAUUGAGCUGUAAUCAAAUGUAACAGGGAAUGCAGUGGACGAACAUUUCUCAUCCUGAUGCUGUAAUUUCUAGCUUCUUUCUGAAGCUUUGGAGAAGACAGUCAAACACUCUUGUGUGCUGCAGCAGUUUGCGGACCUGGAUGGAGAAACUCCACAAGAAUGUGCGGAAACCAAAGACAUGCUGAUAAGUUAUAAGGAAUGAAAAUUAAAAAAAAAAAAAAAAACAGCAAACAAAACAGUCAUUAUGUGCAUGUCUGUACAAACGAAGCCACUUAGAACAGAAGACCCAUUUCCUGUCCUGGACAAGUCAGAGCUGGCUGACAAUCAGUUAACAGCUGAGCAGUUCAUGCAUGAAGCAGCUCAUGAUUUUUACUAGAUUUGUUUGUACAAAAAAAGAAUGUAGAGGACAUAAAGACAGAGGAAUGGACCCAUAGACCCUAACAGAAGUAGCUAUAAAUCUAUGUUGCAGUAUUUUUUUUCUUUUUGUUAUGAAUCAAUAUGUGAAUGACACGAAAACCGAACUGAAAGAUUGUAGCCUAUUUCUCGUCUGGUUUUGAUACAAGACUUGUUCGUUUUCUCAUAAAAGCUGAUCUGAAGCUUUUACAUGUGAAAAUUUGAGAGCGCUAAUUGACGUGUUUUCUUCGUUGAACUUUCAGAGAAGUUCCCCAUAGAUGUGUCAGUAUUGCAACAAGUAGUUAACAUUGAACACAAAUAUGCCUUAUGAAAACGUGAAAGGGACUUGAGUUCAUCUCUCUCAAUGCACUAAAUUCAAUUCACGUACACAUUAUACGCCCUCGUGUUUACCUCGUACCUAUUUUGUAAUGUUUUUGUUAUGCCAUGUCAUUUGGCUUUUUAUUUUGAAAGACAACAGAGUGCUUCACAAAAUUUUCUUUUCUGUUAAUAUUAUUAUUAUUACUGUCCAUAAAUAUUAGUCAUUGAACCUGAGCUACAAGAAUAUGUGGUAGAAGGAUGUGCUCCAGUUGAGAAAUGCAUAAGUCUUCUUUGUACUGAAUGUGUGUAUUAUUGCCUGCUUGUAGAAACUUGUAAUCUCCUCUUUUCCAGUUGCUCUCUAUCCUACUAGGAAAACUCACUUUUGGCAGUCAGCUGAUGGAAAAACAACAAAUACGCUUGUUCUGUUCAGAAAGAUCCUUCAUGGUUUGCAUUCUGUGAGUGAAAGGACAGAAAAGUUCUCACAAGUAAAGCAUUUCCCUGCAUGUCUUAGUAUCAGGUUCCAGUAGCAAAUGUUUUUUCUUCAUCAGGUUUUAUUGUACAGUAUGUUACAUGGAAAGAUGACAACACCGAUGGGUGUAAAUCCUAAAACCCUUCUUUCAAUAAAUCCACUCAUUGGUUCUUAAUAAAAA